AAGCUGUUUUCUCGUCGUGUUUUUCUCAUUUCUGUAGUAGUUUUGAAUGAAUGGAUGAAUGUCGGCGUGCUGCAGGAUGGAGGAGUUACACAGCUGCAAACAUUAUCUGACAUCUACUAGGAUGCCUGUCGCCUGAGCAGAAACCUGAACGUCUCCAUUCCUGAUUUAUGGUGCCUCAUUUGACCAGACUGCAAGUCAAGGACGCUAACAGAAGUAGGACACCGGAGAGACACAGUUUCCUGCAGCGUCAUAGAAGAACCAUGCAAGACGUGUUUUAAAUGAGUUACCACACGGGCUGACAGCUCUGUUCUCUGACCUCAAGGUUACCGAGCUCUCUUUGUUCCCCUACAAACUGAGACAAGGGGAAAGUUUCCACUGGACUGACUGUGAAGUUCACGUCUCAGGGAUGACCAGCGCUCAGCUGCUGAAAACUUCACCAGAAGAGUCUGUUUUUGGCGCCCAGCCUUCACACACGAUGGCGUCCACCGUGUCCGCAGUCCCCCGCGGCGUCCUCGGCCCAGUGCCGCCCCCUCCAGCCGUCUGGCCUCCUCUGGACUUUGGUCUUGGCGCUCUGGCCUGCUGUGCAGCCUGCGUGUUCACCAACCCUCUGGAGGUGGUGAAGACCCGUCUGCAGCUUCAGGGGGAGCUUUGUGCUCGGGGGUCCUACCAGAGACACUACCGGGGAGUCCUGCAGGCCCUCUGGGUGGUGGGCCGCACGGACGGACUCCGGGGCCUGCAGAAGGGGCUCUCAGUGGGGCUGAUCUACCAGGGGGUGAUGAACGGCGUGAGGCUGGGCUCCUACUCCUACUGUGAAGCUCUGGGCAUCACCUCGUUCCACGGGGGCAGUCUGCUGUCCGGGGCCGGGGCCGGGGCUCUGGGUGCCUUCAUUGCUUCUCCUGCUUAUCUGGUGAAGACUCAUCUGCAGGCUCAGACUGUGGAAGCCAUCGCAGUGGGCCACCAGCAUAACCAUCUGGGAGUGUCUGAUGCCUUUGCUACCAUCUAUAGAAGGGAUGGUUUCAUUGGUCUUUGGAGGGGUGUGAAUGGGGCCGUGCCUCGAGUCAUGGUGGGAUCAGCUGCUCAACUGGCAACCUUCACCUCGGCCAAGGACUGGGUGUCACAUUCCCAGUGGUUCAGUCCAAACAGCUGGCUCCCGGCGUUGAUAGCCGCCGCCAUCAGCGGAGUGGCCGUGGCCAUCACCAUGACGCCGUUUGACGUCAUUAGCACGCGACUCUACAACCAGCCAGUGGAUGAGUUUCGCAGGGGCCAGCUCUAUCACGGGUUUUCAGACUGCAUGCUGAAGGUGUGCCAAACUGAGGGCCUGCUGGGCUUGUAUAAAGGCAUGGGCCCCGUGUUUGUGCGACUGGCCCCGCACACGGUGCUCAGCAUGCUGUUCUGGGAUCAGAUGAGGCAUCAGGCGGCGAAGCACACGAGCCAAGGAAGGAGCUGAACCAGCCCGACACCUGCACACUGCGCUCCUGACAGCUGUACCCACUGAAGUCCCCCGCUGAAUAAUUAAGCACGGAAUUUACAGCAGACAUGUGGCAUUUUUAGAAAUAUUCACUUUUUUGUGAAUUAGAGAGAGUUAGAUGAGAGGAUUGAUACCACUUUUUUUUUAUAUGUUUCAUGUAGGUGUUUACUUAUCUCAGCAUUAAAAGUGGAAUCAUUGGGGAACAGCUGGCUUUGCUCCGUUUGAAGGUAGAAUCAUCCAUCUGUCUGGAACUCACUAAUUAAACUCAGUCUUUUUUGUGCAGCUACACCCAGGUUACACAACGUACAUGUAGCCAUGUGCUGCAUUACGUUCCUGGAGUUAUGAGUUUCUCUGCUUGGAGCCAGAAGUUGUCCAACACCUUCUGGUAAAUGGUAGAUUGUUGUUGCUAUGUUGUUUUUUUUUUUUAUAGAUUGAAAAAAAGGUGCUGUAACAGGUUAAUCUGCAAACGUCAGAGCUGCUGGGAGCUGUUUCCUCCUAUUUCCAGUCUCUGUGCUGAGCCGGUUUUGGCUUCAUGUUCAUCCUUUAGACACGAGUGUCGUAUCAAACAUCUCAUCAAACUCUCUAAAUCAAUCCGUUGUUUUAACUUGUUACAGGAGGCACUACGAUGGAAGAACACGGGGGUGUUUCAUAAAGAUGGGCACAUGUUGCACUUACUGUAAAACUCAUUUUGAGAAGUUUCUAUCAGACUUCUCAGAUAUGUGACGACGAUUUUAUGCGUUAUUACCUUAACGGAUUUAGAAGCAAUCUCGUGAGCUUUCAUUCGUCAGCUUGCAGCAGAUCUGACACGAGUGGCUCAUCAAUGGCGUGCCGACUACUUGAGGAACAAGUCUGGAUUAUUAACAGCCUGUAUUCCAUGUUUGUAAUCCAGCAUAGCUGCUGUCUUUGUUUAAUGCAUCAUUCUAGUUGCCUUGUGUGUUAUUUGGAAAGAAAAAAAAAAUCAGAUGAGCUUUUUUUGUUUGUUUUUUUUGUUUACUGAUGUGUGAACUACCUGUACCUAAAGCCAAGAAUGUCAUUUGAUUCGAGGGUUUUAUUGACAGAAAUUCAACCUCAGAAUGCCUUUGAACAGCAGUAAAUAAUAGCAAUAAAGAUAUUUUUUCUAA